UACCCCUCUUUUCAAAAACCCAAAUCCCCCAUUUGCACGUAAAUCUAAUCUAUUGUCGAUAUUAUUUAUCAAUCCCAUUUCUAUUCACGUAGAACUGUGCUGUGCCCCUUUUGUCAAUUUCAAUGCCAUUCUAUUUCUCGUUCGCUCCUUGGAACAGCAAAUUUCUCGGACUAUUCCAUUGAAUAUAAUCGGACAUUUUGCUCCUUUCUUCUAGAAUCUCCAACAUUCAAUUUCGAGUUUCUCUUUUCUCUUUCCGAUUUUCUAUGCAUUUUCCGGGAAAAUGUUGGAGUUCAUUUUGUUUAUAUAAGCGAUUGCUCCGACAGUUGACUUUCUCUGUGAAUAAGAAUAGCCUCCACCAACUUGUCAGCCCUCGUCAUGGGUUGCCACUUCUCUUAGAUUUGAUCGAAUUUGUCUCUCUUUGAACAUGGGUUCUGCUUCUACAUGUGAUCUCUGAUUUGGGUCAGUGGCAUUGAUGAGAAAUUGCAAUUUCAAGCAUGACUCUCAGCAAAAAAGACUCAAGAAAGAAGUCCUUCAUUAGAAAAAUAUUUGCCGUGGGAGAAAGAAAUGGGAAGAAAGAGUUCAAAGGCUCAUUUGAGUCCACUGAACCGCAUUCGGACCUACAGCUAGACAGUACGUUCUUAAGCAGUACCGACUCUCUAAUGGCCCCUGGUCAAGAAGUUCAAUCUUUUCGUAUUUUCGUUGCAACAUGGAAUGUUGGAGGAAAAUCUCCCCAUACCAAUCUCAAUCUGAACGAUUUUCUUCAGAACGAUAACACGGCAGAUAUUUACAUAUUUGGUUUUCAGGAAAUUGUGCCUCUAAAUGCUGGAAAUGUUUUAGUCAUUGAAGACAAUGAGCCUGCUGCAAGAUGGCUAGCCUUAAUCAACCAAUCAUUGAACAACCCAUCAAAUGGCUCCACAAGAGGAGUGAAACCGACCACCAGUCUUGGAGGUUCACUUUUCUUUCCGAAACCUUCCCUUAAAAGCAUCAGUAAAACUUUCGGGACGGUAAGUAGAAGGAAGCUAAAGAGUUGCAAUUGUACACCUCCGGAACUCGAAAGGAAACGCAGCAAAGAUUUCUGGUUCCGAUGCCAGCCAUCACAUGUAAGUGAAGAUGGUAUUUCUUCAGAAGACGAGGAUGACGAGGAGGAUCCGAGCGUCUUUGAUAUUUCAGAAAUCGCCAUUCCUGAAAGCAGUAAUGAGAUGAAGUAUGGUCUCAUUGCAAGCAAACAAAUGGUUGGCAUUUUUGUCACAAUUUGGAUGAGGAAGGAGCUUGUUCCACAUGUUAGUCACUUGAGAAUUGCGAGUACGAGUCGCGGGAUCAUGGGCUGCCUUGGGAACAAGGGGUCCAUUUCAGUGAGCAUGUUAUUUCACCAGACAAGCUUUUGCUUCAUCUGCAGUCACUUAGCUUCCGGGGAGAAAGAAGGGGAUGAGCUAAGGAGAAAUUUGGAUGUCAUCGAAAUUCUUAAGAACACUCAGUUCCCAAAAACCUGCAGAACACCUUACAGUCGAAUCCCGGAGAAGAUCCUUGGACACGAACGAAUAAUAUGGUUAGGAGACUUGAAUUACCGGAUAGCUUUGAGCUUCUCGGAAACUCGAAGACUCAUGGAAGAGAAUCACUGGGAUGCACUUCUUGACAAAGAUCAGCUGAAGAUCGAACGAGAUGCAGGGCGAGUAUUCCGUGGAUGGAAAGAGGGAAAGAUUUAUUUCGCACCAACGUAUAAAUACUACUACAAUUCAGACACGUACGCUGGGGACUUGAAAAAAUCGAAAAAGAAGAGAAGAACUCCCGCUUGGUGUGACAGAAUUUUAUGGCACGGUGACGGCAUACAACAACUAUUUUACAUUCGUGGGGAGUCCCGAUUCUCCGAUCACCGCCCUGUUUGUGCCACAUUCUUAGUCGACGUCAUGGUCGCCGAGGGAGGGCUAAAGAAGAAAAUUUCUGGCUCUGAUAUGAAAGUUGGAGUUGAAGAAAUUCUAUCAACAAACAGUAGAUACUACCCCUAAAUCUAAACAUCCUAAUAUGCUCAGUAGCUUAAGCUAACCAUUCAUCACAACAACGAUGAAUCGAUCGAAGUUUUGCCCGACACCAAAACGAAGUAGGAUCGUGUAGAAAAUGUUAGAAAACCAGAAAAUUUCAUUGGCAGAUUUUGAAUCCAAGGAAGGGAUGUGAUUCUCCAUAACUUCUCUCUCUCUAACAGAAGAGACUAUGAGAGAGAUACAUCAUCAUCAUCAUCGGCCAUGGAUGCAGAUUGCUGCUCAUAGAUGCACCACAGCAGAUUGCAGCCAAUGGUCAGACCUGAAAAGGGAAGAAUAGUUUAGGCAAAAGGUAGAAGAAACAGAGAGGAAAGAAACUUUGAUUUAUCUGAAUGCAGCUCUCUCAGUCAAACCAGAGGGGCAAAAAUGAUCAGUUUUAGUUUUUUUAUUUUGUUUUUUAAGCUCUGAGCAUACUGCAGCAGUAACAUUUGAUUAUCUGAAUAUAGUAAUGGAAUUCUUUUUGUUGGAGAGUA